ACAGGCUCAACUUGAGCAUCGGUUUGUUCCCUGGCACUCACCUGCAGGCAGACCGAGUGUGUCUAUCUGAAGAAAGAGGGACGUGCACGCCCUCAUCGACUCGACAAGAGGUAGCGCGCUCUGUCCUGUUGAAAAUGUCACAGUCUCUGAUCAGGUCACCGAGCAAGGUUUUUUAUCAGGACUCCCAAAGGAAGAUACUGCGAUGUAUGGAUUGAUGGAUAACUGUGACUCUUCCAUAUGUUCAAUUCUCCUCUGCAAAAGCCACUCUCUGGAAAUUCUAUGCGUAGCACGGACCAAACCUUGCCUUCAAAAAUGCAAGUCGGUGCCCUUUGAUGAGAGUGUUGACAGAAACGAGCUAAUUAGCACAAGGUCAUACGCUGAGCACGGACAUCAAAGCAACACAACAGGAGUGGAUCACGAAUCUAUGUUAAUGACGAAGAACUUUUCGGCCUGAAGUAACGUUUUCGAGUAUAUACAGGAUCGUCGCAGGAUCUGAACACUGUCGUCCAGAGUCCUGCAGGCAAUGGACAUCUUCUUCAAACGUGCAACGCCAAACGCGCUAACAAGUCCAUGGGCCAACAGUCACCGAUCCCAGGAAAACCUUUUGUCCUCUUCCGUGAGAAGAGUCAAAAGACAUUUGGGCUGCGUACCCCACAAGAGGUUUCUUCGUCGCUCACGGAUUCAGACGAUGCAUCAUCAAUAGGAUUGCGCCAGCCCAAAAGAGGUUCUGGGUUUCUUCAGAUUUUCCCUACAAAGCUUCCGUUCAGGUAAUGUUUGAGUACGAUCAUCCCCUUUCCAGUGUCAUGGAUUCAGCUGAUCGAUCUAGCACCAUCUACAGAUUUCAGAUCCAGAUAUAGAGCCAACUAUCUUGAAACCUUCUCUGUCUCCGUCACACCCUUCGGUCCUCCCAUUUCCUUGUUCCUUCGUGGAUCGCAUCGGGCUGCUGAUAACGAUUCGCAAUGAAGAUGUCCGUGAGGCUCUCUCUGUGCCUGCUGCUGCUUCAGGCUGUGCUCCCGUGGGCGUUGGGAGCUGACAUAUUUGGCUUUCCAGGCAAGGGAGGCUACUGCAAGGGACCGGCGUAUAUGUGCAAAGACAUUGGACCGCAAAAGUGCUGCGAUUUCACAAACUUGCAAGUCCAGUACAUCCGGUGGAAGGGCAUUGGAACCACCAAUUUGGGCAUUGCUUACACGGGCGGCAAAUGCUCCAAAAAGCUAACAUUCGGUUGUGGACAGAACGAUAGAUGCUUGAAAACAGAGGGUACCUCAGGUGGGUCAUGGAAAAAAGGAUGUGGCGACCGUCAUCAUCUGGAAGCUCAAGAUGAUGCUCAAUGCGAGUCAACGGUGACUCCGAAUGCUGUAUCGUACACUGACACCAGUUCCAGGCGCACAUUCGUCCUGAACACGGCAGAUGUGGUGGAUGCGUUCAUGAAGCUGGAGAGUUUAGAAACAGAUCUUGCAAGAGUAGAGUUUUUAUUAGGUCACGGAGUGCACGUCUCUGUGAUGGAGGAUGAAAUGCACAUGGCUGAGUGAUGAAGCAACAGAGUCCAGAAUGCUCUGAAGGUCAUAGUCUGCGAUAGAGCUGACUGACACGUACAGCAGUGUGUAUGAGUUGGAAUGUGCUGUGGAUUUUUCCCGUCUUUGAUCCAGAAUAAGUGAAGCUUCGAGAUUGCAGGCAGGAUUUGCACUGCAGUGAGAUUCAUGACUUGCAAUUGAGCUACAAAGUCUACGAUUCGCUUACUGCCGAUUCCCUCCUCCACUCUAAAUCACCAUGUCCCUUCGG